AUGGAGGUUCGAGUGGGAGGAAAAUAUAGGUUGGGCAGGAAGAUAGGAAGUGGUUCAUUUGGAGAUAUAUACUUGGGUACAAAUGUAACUAACAGUGAGGAGGUUGCAAUCAAACUAGAAAGUGUUAAAUCUAGGCAUCCACAACUUUUAUACGAAUCAAAGUUGUAUAAGAUUCUAGCAGGUGGUAUUGGAGUUCCAACAGUUCAUUGGUAUGGAAUUGAAGGAGAUUACAACGUUAUGAUUUUGGAUCUUUUGGGUCCUUCUUUAGAAGAUUUAUUUACUAUUUGUAACCGAAAGUUCUCUUUAAAAACGGUUUUAAUGCUUGCAGAUCAAAUGUUAAAUCGUAUAGAAUUUGUUCAUUCAAAAAACUUCAUACAUAGAGAUAUUAAACCCGAUAAUUUUUUAAUUGGUAGAGGGAAGAAACUCAAUGUGGUGUACAUUAUAGACUUUGGACUUGCGAAGAAAUACAGAGACCCUAAAUCCCAGGCCCAUAUUCCCUACAGAGAAGGUAAAAACCUAACUGGAACGGCUCGUUAUGCUUCAAUUAAUACCCAUUUGGGGAUUGAACAAAGCAGAAGGGACGAUUUGGAGGCAUUGGGUUAUGUUCUCAUGUAUUUUAACAGAGGCACACUUCCCUGGCAGGGACUUAAAGCAACGUCAAAAAAGGAUAAAUAUGAUAAAAUUAUGGAAAGAAAGAUUGCAACUCCAAUAGAAACCCUUUGCAAGCACCAUCCAUUUGAGUUCAUUACUUUUCUUAACUAUUGUAGGGCACUCCGAUUUGAAGAUAGACCAGACUAUGCUUAUUUGAGACGUCUCUUUAAAGAUUUGUUUUUUAGAGAGGGUUAUCAGUAUGACUUUAUUUUUGACUGGAGUUUCCUCCAGCCAGAAAAAGACAGGAGAAGAACAGGCAAUUCUGUAGGUGUUGGAGUGGGUGUUCCAGCUGCAGCCGCUAUGGCAAAUACUGGGGUAACUGGAGCCAUACCUGCAAAUGGAAUGGGAGCAGGAAUUGGAGUUACACAGGGAAAUGUACCAGUCACACAGUCUACUAAUGUAGUAUGUGCUGGAACAGGAGCAGGUACAAGUGCUGUUGUUGCCCCAGCCGCAGGAGGUCUUCCUAGUCAAGCAGGUCCUUCUCAUUGUAUUAUACCUGGAGGUGCUUCUAGUCCUGCAGGGAUACCAACAGUUGGAGGGGCAACUCAGGCCACAUAUACUCAGACAAAUGCAAACUGUGUAGUAGGUAACGGAGAAGGUGGGCAGAACGUUUACCAUGAGUCACGGCAGGAUGAACAAUGGGGGGGAGUUGUAAAGUAA